UUAGGCCAAAUUGUGAUCCCCUAGUUCUCUCCCAUAUAAUACCUCCACAUCCUAGUUUGUGAAGCGAGCACUAUGUUGCCGCUAACAUGGGUAGCUCCGAAUUAUUAUUAUUAUUAACAAAAUCAUACAUUGGCGACCAGGGUCGAAGAUUAAAGAAAUGGAAGUGCUGCGGAUGAGGGAGUUAUUGACACUUUGGUCAACGUUGCAAAUUAACAACGUUGCCCUAGUGGGGGGAAACCACACCGCCGCCAGAUUUUGCACUCGCUAAGUCCCCGUUUGUCUCUUCCCCCCUCUCUCUUUUUCUCCUUCUAGCUAACUACACACAAACCAAACAAGUCAUUACUUAAUUCACAAUCACAAAACAAAUUGUUCACCAUCUUCCUGUUCUCUUUCUAAUCAACAUCAACAUGAUGAAAACACGUUGUCGCUUGCCGCUUUUGGCAUUCUUCGCAUUCGCUUCUUUCUUAUUCCUAAUGAGAUCAUCCCUGCUUGAAAAAACCUCUUCCACCAUGCCUCAUUCCUUCAACACUGACCAGGCUCUGUCAAUUCUAUUCGGCGAAUUUUCUAACCAAGAGAAAGCGGUUUUCCUCGGCAACAACGAGCCGAGCCUAGUGGCUGCGCCGAGGAAGCUAUGCGGUUACACCCCGGAGGCAAAGAAAGCGGCGUUGCAGAAGCUCGAGAACGUGCUUCUGGAACCGCCGAGAGCGGCUUCCGGGAAAUCACCAAAUUACUUAAAACGCACGCGGUUCUUGCCGGAUUUGAUGGGUGAUUCUCUGGAGCACUACCCUCGUCGCGUUUUCAUCGACGUGGGGCCGCCGGAGAAGGAGGGCGGGAGCGGAACGGAGUGGUUUUCGAAGAAUUACCCGACGAGGGACAAGAAGUUCGAGAUGUAUAACAUAGAGACGGUGACGGAGGAGUGGUCGACGGGGAAGGAACAGAUAGAGAUGUCCGAUUGGGUUAGGAAGAACGUGAAGGAGGAGGAGUAUGUGGUGAUGAAAGCUGAGGCCGAAGUGGUGAAGGAGAUGAUGAAGAGCAGUGCCAUUGGGCUGGUGGACGAGCUUUUCUUGGAGUGCAAACCCAAUCGCGGGAGCAGAAUCUCAGGGAUUAACUCCAACCGAAGAGCUUAUUGGGAGUGCUUGGCUUUGUAUGGCAAGUUAAGGGAUAAGGGUGUCGCAGUGCACCAGUGGUGGGGUUAGAAUCAAAGAGAAAGAAACACAAUGGUGAAAUCUUUGUGGUGAUACUCAUAGAGAGAAAUUACUACUAUUCAUUAUAUAAAGUACUGCUUGUGCGCAUGCGUGUGUAUAUAGAUAUGGAGAUAAAAGAGUAAAGAGACUAAGGAGUUUCAACAUCAUUUUUCAUUUUGCGUCUUUUCUGGGUUCUGAUUAAUAUUUUGUUUAUGUGUAUUAUACUUUUGGAAGGGGUUGUGGAAAAUAAUGAGUGAAACGAGCAUUGGAUGGGUAAAAUGCCCGAAUGUGUAUUGAACGAGGGUUGAUUGGAGGAUCAUAUAUAUAUAUAUAUAAAAGAAAAAAGGUUUAAUUCGUGGUUUC